UUUUUUUUUUUUGUUUUGUUUUUUGAAAGAAUGUCUGAAAAAAAUAGCAGCAAAGCAGUGAAAUUCACUGCCCCUCUGCCCCCUGUUUCUUCCUCCCCCUGUCCAUCACCCCAGACCCCCCACAAGAAUGUGAACGGCUCUGCCAGUUCAGACACACAUGUCGUGGAGAAGCUUGGUGGAGAGCCCGAGGUCCAACGUCGGCGCCACACGAUGGAUAGAGACUCUAAAACGGCCGAGCACCGGUUCUUCCGCCGGAGUGUCAUUUGUGACUCGAAUGCCACAGCUUUGGACCUGCCCAGCAAAGCAGCUGUGAUACUCACGUCACCCCCAGACUGUGAAGGGGCUUCCAUCAUCUUCUCUCAACAGCUUUUAAUGCCUGGACCUGGUGGACAGGAUUAUGAAGGUGAGGAGUCCCAAAGAGGUUCCUAUCUGCAAAGCAGCACCCUGCAGCCUUCAUUUGGGCAUGGGGGGCAAGUUGUAGAGGGGCACAUACAAAAUACUGAGGGAGGUUUGGAUGUGUGCACGAUUGCUGUUCCUUCCUUUAGCAGUGUUGAACAUAGUACAGAUGGGGCAGUAACAGAGCCCAGCCCGACAGUAUUGGAUGUUACCAACCAAACAGUAGCCAAACAGCCUGGCAUGGUACUGCGUCCCAGAGGGCUUCAGGAACAGGUGGCCAAAGAUGGAAAAGCAGUAGAAAAUGUGUAUGAGGGAAGCAGCAGUCCAACCGAGGAGAAAGACAGGGAGACGGAAGAGGAGAAGGAGCUUGCGAAAGCACGAGCAGAGCAGAGGGAAGCCGAGAAACGGGUGCAAGAGGAUAUAGAGGAGGCUGAAAUAAAAGCUGUAGGGACUUCACCAGAUGGACGCUUCCUAAAGUUUGACAUUGAGAUCGGAAGAGGGUCUUUUAAGACUGUAUACAAGGGACUGGAUACAGAGACAACAGUGGAAGUGGCAUGGUGUGAGCUACAGGAUCGUAAGCUGUCCAAGUCGGAGCGCCAGCGGUUCAAAGAGGAGGCUGGCAUGUUAAAGGGUCUCCAGCAUCCUAACAUUGUCCGCUUCUAUGACUCCUGGGAGGGUCCCUGCAAAGGAAAGAAAUGCAUUGUUCUUGUUACUGAGCUCAUGACAUCUGGCACGCUGAAAACCUACCUGAAGCGAUUCAAGGUGAUGAAAAUCAAAGUUCUGCGUUCAUGGUGCAGACAGAUCCUCAAAGGCCUUCACUUCCUGCACACCAGAGCGCCACCCAUCAUUCACAGAGACCUGAAAUGCGACAACAUCUUUAUCACGGGGCCCACGGGCUCGGUGAAGAUAGGAGACCUGGGGUUGGCCACGCUGAAGAGGGCGUCUUUUGCCAAGAGUGUCAUAGGUACCCCAGAGUUUAUGGCUCCAGAGAUGUAUGAGGAGAAGUAUGAUGAAUCUGUAGACGUCUACGCCUUUGGGAUGUGUAUGCUGGAGAUGGCUACCUCAGAGUACCCCUACUCUGAAUGCCAAAACGCUGCCCAGAUCUACAGAAGAGUUACAAGUGGAGUGAAGCCUGCCAGCUUUGACAAGGUAGCCAUUCCAGAGGUGAAGGAAAUUAUCGAGGGCUGCAUCAGAACUAACAAGGACGAGAGGUAUGCCAUAAAGAUCCUGUUGAACCAUGCAUUCUUCCAGGAGGAGACAGGGGUCAGGGUUGAACUGGCAGAAGAGGACGAUGGAGAAAUGAUUGCUAUUAAACUGUGGCUCAGGAUAGAAGAUGUGAAGAAGCUUAAAGGCAAAUACAAAGACAACGAAGCCAUCGAGUUCUCCUUUGACCUGAACAAGGACGUCCCUGAAGAUGUGGCCCAGGAAAUGGUUGAGUCUGGCUAUGUUGCUGAGGCUGACCAUAAGACCAUGGCCAAGGCCAUCAAGGACCGCGUGUCGCUGAUCCGGAGAAAGAGAGAACAGAGGCAGCUGGUACGAGAGGAACAGGAGAAGAGAAAACUGGAGGCAGAACAACAACAACAACAACAACAGCAGCAGCAGCAGCAGCAGCAGCAGCAACAGCAGCUCGACACACACAAAGCAUCACACACACAGGCAGAGACGGAGGAGACUGAAGUGGAGCAACACCAGCUUCACUAUCAGCAGACGGGCAUCUCACACACAUCUGAAGGUGGUGUGGACAGCGGCCAGGGCUCCUCUGUUUUCUCCUCAGACUCUCCCCACCUGGGUCAGCUGACCAUGUCCUACAGCUGCCCCCCUUCUAGCCAGCCUCCUUCCCAGCCCCAGACCCCCUAUCCCUCUACCCCUUCUGCUGCCCCACAGCAGCACCCGGGCUAUGCCCAGCCGCCGCAGCCAAUGCAGCAUUCAAUGCCACACCCCUUCAGUGGAGGAGCAAGCACAGGAGGAGGAGGAGCAGGAGGGAGCAUCCCUCUUCCAACUCUCCCAGACCCCCCAACUAUUUUCUUCCCCUCUAUCCCUGAGCGCCCCAUUUCCUUCUCACCUCCUCCCACUGGGCCUCCAAAGGCCUACAACAGCCAGAGACGCAAGAGCACUUCCAUUCUCGAGGCGCAUACUCGACACUUUCAGCCUGCUUACCCUCGCUAUGGGAGCAGCCUCCACCCUUUUUCUGGGAUGGAGGGUGUUGAGACUCCUUCUCUCUUCAUGGUCAAUCCUGGUUUUGCAGCCACUGCUCAAAGACUUGGUGUUGGGGAACCCCUCCAUCUCCCAGGACAAUCUGACCCAAGUUUGUAUGGCUUCAAAGAUAAGAGAGCAGAGCAUGAAGAAGCAGUGAGGAGACUCAGUCUAAAUCAAGCUGCCUUAUUGGACCAUUAUGAAGCAAUGGCAUAUGGAGGCUAUCCAAUGACUGCACACCAGCUUUUCCAUCAGCAGAGGCAGGCAGCAGCUGCAGCUGCUGGUUUGGGUUUUGAUCCUGGGCCUGCAUCUCAAGCAGGAUUCUUGCAUCCUCAUAUCCUGCAAAGAAUGAGUGCACACAGUCCAAUACCACCACCCUUACCCCCCAUGAGCGCAUCCACUGGUGGCUCUGUUUCUUCUUCAUCCGAGGGAUGCUAUCCUCCACAGCAUGCUUCCUCGUCCUCUUUUCCUAUUUCUGCACCUCCAGUAAUGGCUGACGGCCCACCACCUACCGGAAGUGUUUUUGAGUUUCAUUUAGCUGCAGCUGCUGCAGCUGCAGCUGCAGCUGGAGACCCAAGCCUCCUGGCAUCCAGACUUUACUGGGCCAGAAGAAGUUCCAUGGAUCUCCCUCUGGAGGACAGCACUGGAACAGGAUCCGGUGGCUCCGGCACGUAUAGUCGUCUUCAACCAGUGACAGAAGAGCUGUACUCUUAUGUCAGUCCAGAGCUCCCCUUACCUCCUGGAAGUCUUCUCCUUCACCAUGCAGGUUUGGCUACAAAGGACAGAAGCCCUGAGCCUUCUAGUGACUCUCUGACCUCCUCUGAUGCAGGAGAGUUCCAGUCACCACCUCCUCCACCUCUUCCUCCUUCCUUUGAGUCCUCAGCUGCUCAGUCCAUCCCUCGCUCGUCCUCGAUUGCGCCCUAUGAUUCACCAGGGGGAGCUCUUCAUGUAGAUCCCCAGGGACACCCUCCUUCAGUGCAGAACUUUCUGCCCACCACACCGUCUUCUGAGCUCCCGCUUCGGGGGUCGUCAUCAAAUCAACUGGAGUCUCUGAUGCAGAGUGCCUGGGCCCGACACGGAGGAGUGGUGCCAGCUCAACCUGAUAUGACGUACCACGAGUCAUUGCUGGCCAUGCAGGCCGUGAACCCCCCUCUGCAGGUUCAGGUGUCCUCCCCUCAGCCAACUCCAGGUCCCCCUGUGGUGCCUGCCAGCACCCAGCCACCUCCUUCUGGGAGUUCCCAACAGGUUGCCUCUUCUAGCCAGAGUAGCAUAUCACUUCAGAGCCCCACACACACACCUCUGCCACAGGCAGCUGCACAGUUGUGUGACUUAAGUCCAUCUCCCAGCAUAGAACACCUUUAUCUUCUGUACCAAGCUGCUCAGCUAGCUCUGUCCCAGCCUGCCUCACAGUCUGCAGAGUUAUCUCAGUCCCAGCUACAGCCACCUCAAGUUCUCUCAUCAAUAGAGAGUGGCCAUUCUGAGACUUCAGGUUUGAGCGACGGCAACGAGGGGGGAGGAGGAGGUGGGGGAGGAGGAGGUCGUCAUGAAGGGCGCUCGACCAAGCGACAUCAGAGACGUUCUGUGCGAAGUCGAUCACAUCACGAGAAGAUUACCAAGGCGAAACUCAAUGUCCUCAAUAUCUCCAACCUAGGAGACAGGGUGGCAGAGUGCCAGCUGGAGACCCACAACAGGAAGAUGGUGACCUUUAGGUUUGACUUGGAUGGAGACAACCCUGAGGAGAUUGCCCAGAUCAUGGUCGAGAGUGAGUUCAUCCUGGAGAGUGAGAGAGAGUCGUUCAUUGAGCAGGUCAGAGAGGUAAUAGAGAACGCCGAUGAGAAGGGUCUGGAAAGAGACACAAACAGCCAGAUGGCACGUGAUGCGGAACAGCAGACUCCUGCAAUAUCUGCCCCCAUGCCAGAUAUCUCGCCCAGUCCAACAGCACAAGUGGUCCAUUCAGCAGGUCGAAGGUUUAUCGUUAGCCCCGUACCUGAAGCCAGGCUGAAGGAACAAAUGCUUCCCGCCUCUCCUUCUACUGCACCUCCUGUUGAAACGGUUUCUCCACCCCCAUCGCAGACUCUGGGUCAGGGUUUGGGCUUGUCCCAGUCUGCAGGAGCAGUCAGCUUACAGCAAGCCUUCUUUGAACUCCAGCAGAACCAAAAUCAGCUUGAUCCAGGACCCAGCACCGCCCCACCUUGCAUCCACUCCACCCAUCCUCUACCUCUGGAGCCUGCAGCAGCUUCUGUUCCUUCACAGAGUAGCACAGUCACUCCCACUGUGGAUGCCACUGCUGGGCUUGUCCCUUCCAAUUUAAACCCGACACAGGAUGCCUCUGUUCCUCCCCUUUCUGUAUCCUCAGCCCCUUCCGCCAUCCAUCUCAGUCCUCCUUGUUCUUCUUCUUCUCCUCCUACAACAGCAGUGAAUCAAACCAUCCUUCAAUCACAGGUACUUUCACAGCCAGUAAUUCAGGCUGUCUCCCAACCCCAGACACAGGUACAAGCACAAAUUCAGCCCCAGGCUUUCAGCCACUCUCAGUCCCAGACAGUUUCUGCUGUCAGUGCUGCUUCAGUACCUUCCACUUUACCAACAGCCAACAUUCCCCCACAAAUGCUCACCUCCCCUCCACCUGCACAGACUGUUCCCUUUGUGUCCUCCCCGGUACCUUCAACUCUUAUAGCCAGUGAAGUCUCUUCUGAUCAUCCAUUAGUCUUGCCCACUCCCUCUUCUACUCCUUCCCUGACCUCCUCAGUCAUCCCCACCACUGCCAUCCCAUGUCCCCAGCUCGCUCCCUCUGCCACCUCCCCCCCUCCUCCAACUCUCUCAUCUCCCUCUGGGGGACUCCAGCCAGUGACCGCAAAUGUCCCCACAGUCCAACCAACUUUGGUGCACUCUCAGCCACAGACAGCAGCCCUGCCUGGGCAGACGCACACCCAUGCUGAUUGUGACCCCAGAUGUGAGGCGUCCUCUGAGUCGCAGUGCAAACCAGAUGACAUCCAAGCUCUGGAAAAGAAGCUGCGGUCUCUCUUCAUGGACCUCGGUGGUGGGGUGCCUUGCACCCAGGGAGACAUCGUAGCCGGUGACCUGGCUGCUGUGGCAGGCACCUCAUCACCAGUAGGCCCCUGCUGCACCUCCACCACAUCUGUCACAGCAUCUGCUGUUACCCCUCAACCCCCCUCCAGCCUGGCGCUGGGAUCACUGGGAUCAUCCGUACCAAUCCAGGGCCCUGGCACACCUGUCUUUACGCCUGCACAGUCUAUCAUCUCUGCCACAAUAGGCCAGACAACUCCAUCCAAAACUCCCUUAUCCAGACUACCGGCCAGUUCUCCUCCUACAGAACCCCCGCCAUCCUUCCCCGGACCUUGUGUAAUACAGUCCCAGCAGCCUCUGGAGGACUUGGAUGCCCAGUUAAGGAGAGCGCUAAGUCCAGAGAAUGUUCCUGUGAGCUCUCACACACAGGCCUCCCACAUUACUAUGCCUUCAGUGGGCCAUGCAGUUCCCUUCCCUAUGGAGGAAGAGAUAUUGUCCUCUCCUGUUCAUCCUCCUCGAAUUCAGUUAGGAAGAUUUCAGGUCUCACUGGCUACUGAAGAGCCUGCUGUCCAGCGACCAGCCUGCACUGAAUCUUCCUCCACCACCACCUCCACUUCAUCUUCCUCUUCAUCCUCUACUCUCUCGAGCCCAGAGAACACAUUGCACAAAGACUUUUUGUCUCCUCUGAGAGCAGAAGGAGCAGGACAAAGAGGAGACGUGGUGGACGGACCCCCUCAAAGGAGUCCCGCAGGAUCCCACCCCCCCUCCCCUCCUACAUCUCCCCGCCCCUCCCCCAAACCCCCCACCACCAUUGGACGCUUUCAGGUCACUACCAAACCCGAGGCCCGUGUUGGUAGAUUCUCAGUCAGUCGUGCUGAGGAGCAGAGUCCUCCACCUGCUGCCCAGGCUGCUAAUGGACCCAGUGAUCCUGGCCAAGUUUUGAGCCCAGAUUCUACACAUAAAGCCUCUCUGCCAAGUCUAAACAACUCCUUCAAUAACUCCUACAUCAGCAGCGACAAUGACUCUGAAUUUGAGGAUGAGGACUUCAAACGGGAAGUCAGCCGCCUCAGAGAGAAGCACAUGCGUGAGAUUCAGGAGCUCCAGUCCCGGCAGAAGCAGGAAAUAGACCAUCUGUUCACCAGGCUGGGAAAGGUUCCUCCACCUUCAGUGAUCCCUCCUGUUUUAGCCUUGACUGGCAGGAGGAGACGACCUGCCAAAAGCAAGUCAUCAAAAUCGUCCAGAACCAGCUCCACGCAUGGCAGCAAGAGUCCAUUACAGCCAGGCAGCACUUUAUCCGCCCAGAGCGUUCCGACUAUGUACCCCGGGCAGCUGGCUCUGCUAGCCCCAGGAGGAUUAGCCGAUUCAAACAGCAGCACCAUGCUCCAGCCCCUCAAACCCUCUCCCUCCAGCGACAACCUGUGUUCAGCCUACACCAGCGAGGCGGCGCUCUCCGUGCCCAGCCUGUGUGCUCCCACCCCAGGCUGCGUAAAGUUCAGCUGGGGUUCGGAGCGUUUGGCCUUCAAGCCUGGCGGCAGGAGGACGCGCUUUCUGAGUACGCCCUGCUUGGCUCUUUGGAAGAUGGUGAAAAAAGUCUGCCCCUGCAACCAGCUCUGUAGGACGAAUAGCACCAAUGCAGUGAGUGGUUCAGGUGGUUUGGGUCAAAGCCAGGGGGGUUCCCAGUGUCUGGCCCCCAACAUGCCAGCCCCACACCAGAGGAAAGGAACCUUCACCGAUGACCUCCAUAAACUGGUGGACAACUGGGCCAGAGAUGCCAUGAACCUCUCACAGGGUAAGAGGAGUGCCAAACAGCUGCAACAGCAGGCCCCGGUGCAGGGACAUAGCUACGAGGUUAUCCAGUCAGCCAGUCUGGGCAGGAAGUAUUCCGCUCCCAGCCAGCUGUGUCCCAGCAGCAUAGGUGGUUCAGCCCACAUCCCAACGAACUCCAGCACCGCUACCUCUCUGGCUGCCCGCAAGGGCUCUUUAUGCCACCCUCCUGCCUCCUCCACUCCACCUCAACCCCAACCUCCCCAGUUCAUCCACUACACUCCAACUGCUGCCUAUAGUGCACAAUGGUCUGGUCCGGCUCACAGCCUGUCCACCACACACCAAGCACCAACACAGCCUCUGCUGGUUAGCACCUCCCAACCCCUGGGCCCCUAUCCCACCCCACAGGGGCAGAUUCCAGGGCAGGGGUCACUCCAACCUUUCCAUCUGACCAAUUCCUUGCAGAAGUCAGUCAGUAACCCAGGAGGACCCAACUUGAGGACCACGUAGGGAAUAGAGUGAGGGCCGGUUUGAAUCACGGCCUGAAAGGACCGGUGUGAAGUGGAGUGUUCAGUGCUGGAUUGACUAGAAAGUGUGAAAUUUUUUUUUUUUUUUUUGGGGGGGGGGGGGUUAAAUAUUUGAAUUUAACUUGUUCAAAACAAGAAAGGAAAUCUCCAGGAAAGAGAAAUGACACCUGGCCAUCUCCACUUCCCUCUCACCUGUGCAUGAGAAGCGGUCACAGACAGAAGUGCAGCCUUUCUGCUGUGGGCUUGGAACCCAAGAAAAAGACUCAAGAGUGCAAUGAUAAAAGGCCAAAGGGGUUCUGACAGGGUGUGUGUGGGCUUGCUGUCAACAACUGUCUGCAUGUGAGAUCUUUUGCAUAUGCUCUAAUGUCUGGGUUAGACUUGUUGGAUUUCAUGCUCCGAAAUGAGUUAACAUAUCUUUACAUAAUGGGGUAGCAACUGUCCUUCCUAGAUGCUGGUGGGAAGACAUUACAUCAGGCUGAGGAGGAGGAGGAGGAAGACUGUGGUGGCCAGCUUUUACAAAAUCCAACUUUAGCCCUUCUGUCCACGCAGUACCUUCUCAUCACCUCUUGCUGGUGCAGAUUUUAGGGCCUCUGGUGUCCAUGUUUGUCAGUCUUUAUUAGAAAUAACAACAAAAAACCCUCAAAAAUGCAUUUCUUCCAUUGGGGAUGAGCAUUGCUAGUGCCCACAUUAACAGUGGUUGUUACUUAGUGUUAAGAAUCAAAAUCAUCAGUGUUUCUGACAGCAGUGAUUUACAGGAGGAGCUGCAAAUGGCAGCAGGAUAGAACUUUGAGGUGAGAGCAGAAAAGAUGAUAAGAAAACGAGUUUGCAUUUGUUAUCCUAACUCUGAUCGAAUGUUUCAGGAAGUCAUUUGGAAGUUGGAGAUCCUUCCUAACCUUUAAAAGCACAAAGGAAAUUAAGAUUAAAUCAAAUACAUAUCGCGGAUAGAUGUAGCCCCGCAUCUCCACUGUCUUCUAUUUUUUUUUUUCCCCCCUCAGUAUUACAAAGUAUUCAAGCAGACAGAGAGACGGAUGGAAGAAGGAAAGCUCACAAAGAGGAGCAGCCCUCCCUCAGUUAACCUGUUAACACCACUCACUUUACAUUGAUGGAGCACCGAAUGGGCAGAACAGAUGCUUCUGCGCACCAAACGCCUCUUCACAAUCACGACUCCACCUCUUCUUCCAUCCCUCUCUUCACCUCCCUGUUGCCAUUUGAAGCAAUAACAGCAGAAACCUUUUAGAAGAAGAAGAAAAAAAGAAAAAAAAAGCCCAAACACGAGACAACUCGGUGUGUAAAAGUGACCUUGUUAUCAGAAGAAUAUCCAUGUACAGUUCGUGUCUAAUUAUUCUUUCUUUUUUGAAUGUUGGCUAUGAUGAUUCCAUUUUUUUUUCUUGUGUUGAUGGGUUUAUGUUGCUUGCUGCUCCCCAGCUGGCAAUCUGACACACACACACACACGCAUACAGUCAUGCACAGACUCAUGUAAAUACACUCACACAUUGUUGGAGGUGUAGCAGCUGAGUCAUAGGCUAUGCCUCAGUUAUUAGUGUCAUAAUUAGGUUGGUUUCAAUAUUUGGGUUGAAAUGCAAUGUACAUUAUUAUCAUAAUUAUUGUUGUUAAUGAUUGUUCUAUUUAAAAAGAAACAAAAACAAAACCGUGUUCUGUCAAUGGACCUGUUAUAUGUGCACAUCGCUGUACGAUGUGGAGACACUGUGAUUAUUGUUGUUUGUUGUUAGCAAAUGUUGUUGGACAACAUUAGUUUUAGGGUGGAAAAAAAACACAAAGCAUACAUAGAACAGUUUGGGGGUCCUUUCGCUUUCAAUUCCCAGCUUUCCACAAAUGAGUUUUUUGAAGAUUCAUAAGCCCCCUCUCUUAUUUCAAUAAGCGUCCUUCUAUCCGCUUACUGAGGACACGUUUCCGUACCAAUGCCUUACCAACACCUAAUCAACUGCAGCUCAUCUCUGUAACUGAGUGAAUUGAAAGCUGAAACUGACCUUCAGACCUGAGUAUAAACCCGGAGUGAACACCAGGAUAGUUGAUAUUUAGGUAAUAAAGUAAAGCUAGCUAUUUUUUUUCUUAACACAGUACUUAUCUAUCAGACACUUUAAAUAGCCCUCCCCUUCCCUUUCUCCCCUGGUUUUGUUAGAUGAAUGUGAAUGUAUAAAACCAAUGGUGUCCAUUUUAAUGUACUUGAAAAAAAAAAAAACCUGUCUUUUAUUUUCGCUGUCUUCGCUCCUCCUGACCCUUCUAGAGCCUCCUGUGAUCGCUGGAGGUAUUAACUAGUGCCUUGCAUCCUUCCCAUUUCUGUUUGGGGGGGGUUAAAGUGAGCACAUUGGAUAGAAUAUGUGGAGGAUAUAAGGGUGUCGCUGUGAAGUCAGUGGUUUUGUGGGAGAGGCCUGCAGUAUAUUGGUGUGUGUGCGUGUGUUUAGGCUGGUUUAUGAUUAAUUCUUAUGAGUGUAUUUUCUGCAAAAUGGGAAAAAUUUUGGAGUGAAUUAUUCUUCUGCCGUUUGAACGAAGAUUGAGACUGACGUCAACAGAUAGUAAAAGAGGCCAACGUUUGUGAUCAGUGUUGUUUCUAUUGCUGUAUUUUUUUUUUUUUUCCAGUUUUAAGGAGGGAGUUAUUAAAGAUUGUAUUCGAAGCUUGGACCACUCUGUACUUUGACCCAAGUGCAGCAUACUUGCAGUAGACCAUGCCAUGGUACAGCAAAAUAGUGUUAUUUUUAAUGUGAUAUCAGCUGAAAGCAAAGAUCCAUUUUAGCUUUCCGUCAGAAUUUGAAACUUUGAGACCACCAGAGCCAGCCAGAAAUGUGCUCUAAGCCGUGAUGUCGCACUCUACUGUCAGCUGAAUUUGGGAUUAGUGAGGAUAACGGUGCCGCUCUGUUCGAAAAGUCUGUUUCACUUGUGAAAUAUUGUGAGAGACAGACACUAAUGGUCCUUGAAUUAAAAAAAAACUUGCCCUGUUUAGGGAUGCCGAAAAUCCUGUUUAUACUUGGCUUUAAAAUGUAUCUGGAAAGAUUAGAUCACAUGUGGCUGUGGCACUAAAUAUAAAAUAAGCACCAAGGUGCACUGUGAUCUGCUGAGAUGGCCUCAAGUGCACCAGGCCACUUCUUUUGAAGUGUAAACAUUACUGUGCACCAAUGCAUCCCCAUCAGAGGAAAAUAUGUCACCAACACAAGAUGUAUACAUCCUAUUUGUCUUGUUCUGCAUCCUUUGCAAGUCACAAAUGAAUUUAUCCUGCUAGGGUCAACAAUCAGAACAGUCUGUGCAUGUAGAUGAGUUCUUGAAACAUUCAGACAUGUUUCUUUGCUAGCCUUUGGAUAAAAAAAAAAAUCUGUCGCUUGAUUGGCCACAAUGGCUGAUGAAGUACCUGUACACGAGUCCCCUUGGGCUUCUAGCAGAAGCGACAUAUACAGGAAGUAUCAAAAUAGUCAGCUGAACACCUUUUGACACAUAGAUUCAAGAGCUGUAAACUUGUGAUCUGGUCACCCAGGAUGCAUAUUAAAAAGCAAGUCUAAAAAAGGGGUUGUGUGUCUAAAUAAGCAGCAAGAAAAUAAUAAUGUAGCCAAAUCUGAGUGAAAACCAUUCAUGACCACACAGUUGUCGGGUUUCUUUACAGAAACUGAGCCAAAAAUUCAUUCAGUUUUAAGUAUUAAGUAUUUGAGCGUGAAUGCGUGGCAGAGGCGGUGAUGAUGGUUUGGCCCACGGUGAUGAUGGUUUGGCCCACAGUAAUGAUGGAAUUCACAGCAAUGAAUGGAUGUAAAGGUGUAGGUCCAAGGCCUCGGACACCCUCCAGUUUUUUUUUUUUUUCAUCCGUCACACGAAUGAACGUCAAAGUUUGCUUCUUUACUUUUUGCCAGAAUGGAUGUUCUGAUUUUACAUGAUGAAAUGAAACACAUCGUGAAAAAGUUACUUUGUAAAGUUUGUACAAAAGAACAUUGCUUUUGCCAGUUUUCGGUUUGUCAAGAAAAAAAAAAAAUGCAACAUUGUUACUACUAGGCAAGUUUGGUUGAAGCUGUGAAUAGUCAUUGAGCCACUUUGCUUCUUAGUUCUCAAUAAUAAUCAUUCUGUCAGACCUUUAACGAUGCCACCAACUCAGCGCCAUUGGACAUUUUUUUUUGUCAAUGGAGGUCAUUUUGUCAAAGAAAACGGUGCAUUUACCUGCUUUUAUUCACUGGAGCUGUUUUAUCUGCCAGGUAUCAUCCUGGAUUUUCACUUUGCAGCUACACAUAUACAUAAUGAUUGCAAUAAAAGGAAUACCUACUGCUCUGCAAUGGUUGCAAUGCAGUGUUAUUAAAGUGACAGUAUGCUAUCAAGCUCUGGGUUUGACAGUUCUGCCCCUGCUGGAAGUGGGUGUAGUUAUUGUGAAGUUUUGGAGUUGUAGUGGAGGAAUUUUACUGUGAAAGGCACAGUUUUCCAGCACAGGCACUCUUAUUGUGAAGUUUCUGGAAGUCAAAGUGGAAUAGUAGGAUUGUUUUGGGUUUUUUUUUUUUUUAUUUUUCAGGAGAGGCAUGCACAGUGUAACGAUAGUUUGAACUUGCUUGCAUCAUAGAAUCAGUUUUCUGUUUUCGCCUCGUCAGGGCUCGCUUUCCCUUUAUGCUUUUUACUGUAGAAGUGCCCACAUGUAGAGAAAAGAAAAAGUUUCUGCCUUUCAGCGCGCACACAAACCCACAGUCACAGAUACAGUGCAACUCCUUUCCGUUCUGUGUAGCUUGCUCCUGGGAAAUGAUGUCUCGAGAACAGCAACGGUUUCUGUGACUGUUGCUGAAAAUGUGUGAAUUUUUGUUUCUGGUCUUUCUGACUCUCACAUUUUACUUUGUUUUUUUUUUUUUGAAUUUUCACUUGUUUUAUGUGCUGUUUUACUGUCUCUUAACAGCUCCUAAUUUAAUUCAGUGGUUUCCCUUUUCUGUGUCGUGGUUGACAUUGUACAAACGUGGUUGGAUUUUAAAAAAAUAUGGAAGAAUGAAAGAGAGAAUAACAAAAAAAACAAUACAUGUAAGGAGUCAUCAACAGCCUUUAAUGGUAUGUUUUGCACUAAGUAUAGAGUGUUCAAGCUUCUUAUUAAAAAUAAAACUUUGCGCUUUGCGCUACAGUAAAUAAAUUUGUUACUUUAUUUGUAAAACUUAAUAAAUAAAAGUUGUUUAAAUGA